GUCCGACUCCGUUUCCUUUCCCUGCGAAGGAAAAAAAAAAGGUCACUUCAUUUUCUAAUUUAAGCUGCGCAGAGCCUCGUGAUGAUGGUGAGAGCGGCCAUCUCAGCGGCGGUGCUGCUCCUCUGCGCCACCGCCGCCCACCGUGCCUCCGCCUUCAUCGACGGAUUAGUACCGAACGGCAACUUCGAGCUCGGGCCGAAGGCCUCGGACAUGAGAGGCACGGCGGUGCUCGGCCGCUAUGCCAUCCCGAAAUGGGAGAUCUCGGGCUUGGUGGAGUACAUCAAGUCGGGCCAAAAGCAAGGGGACAUGCUCCUGGUGGUGCCCGAGGGCGCGUUUGCGGUCCGGCUCGGGAACGAGGCCUCGAUCAAGCAGAGGAUGAGGGUGGCGAGAGGGAUGUACUAUUCCCUAACGUUCAGCGCGGCGCGCACGUGCGCUCAGGAGGAGAAGCUCAACAUAUCCGUGGCCCCGGACUGGGGCGUCCUGCCGAUGCAGACUUUGUACAGCAGCAACGGCUGGGACUCGUACGCCUGGGCGUUCCAGGCCGAGCUUGACGUCGCCGAGAUCGUGAUCCACAAUCCGGGGGUCGAGGAGGACCCGGCUUGCGGGCCGCUGAUCGAUUCAGUAGCGAUUAGGGCUCUGUAUCCCCCAAGAGCAAGCAAUAGGAACUUGUUGAAGAAUGGGAAUUUCGAGGAAGGUCCCUACGUCUUCCCGAACGCGUCGUGGGGCGUCCUGAUCCCUCCAAACAUCGAGGACGACCACUCCCCCUUGCCGGGUUGGAUGGUCGAGUCACUGAAGGCGGUCAAGUACAUCGACUCGGACCAUUUCUCGGUCCCCGAAGGCAAGAGAGCCGUGGAGCUCGUGGCGGGAAAAGAGAGCGCCAUCGCGCAAGUGGCCUGGACGAUCCCCGGAAAGACGUACGUGCUCUCGUUCGCCGUCGGAGACGCGAGCAAUUCCUGCAAAGGGUCCAUGAUCGUCGAGGCGUUCGCGGGCAAGGACACCGUCAAAGUCCCAUACGUAUCGAAGGGCAAGGGAGGGUUCAAGCGCGCCAUCCUGCGAUUCAAGGCCGCGUCUGUUAGGACUCGGGUCAUGUUCUACAGCACGUUUUACACCAUGAGGAGCGACGACUUCUCGUCUCUCUGUGGUCCUGUUCUGGACGAUGUGAAGCUGUUGAGCGCUCGGAACUUGUGAUCGAUGGAGUAGUAUCUCAGGCCCGACAAGGUCAGCUCGAACCUAUUCUUGCCGGAAAGAGGGUUAUUGAUUUCUACGGUUGUUCUAGAGGGAAGAGGAGAGAUUCCACGACUUGUAUUGUGGCUUUCUUUUAGCAAAUCUUCCAAGAAAUAAGAGUCAUAUAAGAUAGGAAUGUUAGGAUUCCACUUAGGAGUGCUUUUUUCGGUAUGAGGAGAGAAUGUACUUGGAGAAAGAAAAGAGAAAAUGGUCAAUUAUGUUACCAUCAGUUACUGUUGCUGAAUUCCAGGAAAAA